AUUUAAUGCCACCAAAAACUAAACGAAAUGAGUUUGAUUCUAAUGAGCUCAAAGUAAUUUCUAAUAAAUAAAUUAAUAGGAAGAAGGAAACAAAGCUUUUUUGAAUAAUGAAUAAGAUUAAACAUUAGCUAUAUAAACAAAAGGGAUUUGUAAGUAUAACCUUUAAUAGUUAAUAGAGAUGGAAGAAAAUCCAAUUUACUAUAAUAAUCGUUCUUAAGCAUAUUUUUAUAUGGAUGAUUUAGAGUUAGCACUUUAAGAUUGUAAUAGAGCUUUAUAUUUAAAUCCAAAUUAUAUUAAAGCCUUAAUAAAUAAAGCCUAGAUUCUUUAUGAAAUGGGUUAUAUUUAAGUAUCUAUAUAUGAUCUUAAUUAGGAUGCUAUUUAAUGUUUGUAAUAGACAGAUAAUUAAAGUACAGAAAUUGAGAAAUAAUUGAAUUAUUAUAAAUCAUUAGCUCUCUAAGUAAUAGUGAUUUUAAAAUAAGUCUUAAAUUGAUUCAGGUGAGUUAGAUAGAUAAAAAAGACUUUUAGAAUGGCUUAAGAGUGGAUAAGCACAUUUCCCUAAAAUUAAGAUUGAAUGUUAUGCUGAAGAUUAUAGAGGUGUCAAUGCAAGAAAACCUAUAAAUUCAAAAGAAGUCAUCCUUUUCGUUCCUAAAUCUCAUAUGAUAACUUUAGAAAUGGCUAAAGAAACACCUGUAGCUAAAAAAAUAAUUCAAUAUAGACUUGACUUACUAUCUCCAAAACACUCUUUUCUUUCAACUUUUUUAUUGUAAGAAAAAAGUAAACAAGAUUCGUUUUGGAAACCUUACUUAGAUGUACUUCCAAAAUAAUAUUCUUCUUUUCCAAUCUUUUUUAAUGAUAAUGAUUUACAAUGGUUAAAAGGCUCUCCUUUUUUAAGUACUAUAUAUUUUAAAUAUUUUAGAAUAAGUUAAAGAUAAAAUUAUAGAUUUAAAAAAAGAUUAUUCUGAUAUUUGUUAAAUAGCUCCUGAAUUCCUUUAAUAUUCAUUUGAUGAAUUUUGUUGGGCUAGAAUGACUGCAAGCAGUAGAAUUUUUGGAAUUAAUAUAAAAGGAGUUAAAACUGAUGCUUUUGUUCCACUUGCAGAUAUGCUUAAUCAUAAACGUCCUAAAUUAACAUCUUGGUGUUAUUCUGAUGAAAAAUAAGGAUUUAUUAUUGAAACUGAUGAAAAUAUUGAAAAAGGUUAAAUGAUUUUUGAUAGUUAUGGGAGUAAAUGUAAUUCAAGAUUCUUACUAAAUUAUGGUUUCGUUGUUGAAGAUAAUAAUGCUAAUGAAGUGAAUGUGUAAGUUGAUCCAGAUGGACCUUUUACACUCAUUUCAUUUAAAGAAGCUUUAAUUAAAGAAACCUUGUAAUUACCAAAAUCCUUUCGAUUAGUUAUUGAUCCAGAAGGUAUUCUAUCUUUUUUAUUUAUAGAUGUAAAUAUUUUGGAUUUCAUGAGUUAUAUUAGAUUCCUCUUAAUUAAAGAUGAAAAUGAAUUACUCAAUCUACUUGGAAAAAACUCUUAUUUUAAACCUACCAAAAUUUCCUUUGUUGGAAUUUAAAAUGAAUUAGAUAUGUGGAAUCUUAUUGAAAAUAUUUGUGUUCAUGCAUUAAAUAAAUAUCCAACUACUUUAGAAGUAUAUAUUAUUAUUUAUUUUAAGUAAGAUAAUGAAAUACUCAAAAUUUGUGAAUUAACAAUUAAUCAAAGAAAUUGCCUAAUUUUGAGAAUAGGAGAAAAAAAAAUACUUUCUUUCUAUUUAUAAUUCAGCAAAAAAAUGAGUUAGCUAUUCGCUAAUUUUGAUUUUGUUGUAUUUUAUUUUAUAUAUUAUUUUAUAGGAGUUAAAAAAAUUCCAAUAAACAUAGGAAAACUACCAUUACUUAAAUUAUGUAAACAGGAUUAUCAAUUAUCUAAAAAUUAAAAACUGA